AUGAAUGAAAUCUCUGGAUUUCAUCAAAAGACUCUUGAAGGCUUUGGAGAAGCAUGGGAAAUGUUCAACAGCUACAUCUCUCAAUAUCCUCAUCAUGGCUUCAAUAUGGAGAGUUUACUUAGUACUUUCUACAUAGGUGCUUUGCCAAAGUUUAGAAGCCAACUUGAUACUGCUAGCAAUGGUUUCUUCUUGGGGAGAACUGAAGCAGAUGCUUUGAAGCUUGUGGAGAAUAUGGCUAAGAGUGAUUCAGUCUACAGUGAUGAGCAUGAUAGAAGCAACAGAGGCAGUGGAGGUGAUGAUACAAACACCAAGAAAGAAGCUACACAAGAAAAGGUGAACUUUGUUGGUGAGAAGAAACAAGAAGGGACUGCAGUGCUUAAUGAAGUUGAUGGUCUAGAAGGUCAAGAAGAGUUGUGCUUUUACAACAACUACCAACAAAAUCCCUUCUAUAACAACAACCAACAAGGUGGUUACCAAGCUAGACAAAACUACUCUCAAGGUUUCCCCUCCAAAGGAAAUCAGUCUACACAAAUCCAAGUCGGAUCUUCUACUUCUGCUCCACAAGAGAGUAGCACUGAUGCAAUGUUGAAGCAGAUCUUGCAAUCCCAAACUAGAAGUGAGAAGCACAUUGGAUAUGAGCUGAAGAACCUUCACACCAAAGUUGAUGGAAGCUACAAUGAUCUCAACAACAAGUUCUCAAACCUUGCUUCCAACUUCAAAGCUUUAGAGAACCAGUUUGCCUCAAUGAGUAGUAACUCAAAACGCCCUAUGGGAUCACUUGCCAGAACCUCUGAGCAAAACCCCAAGGAGACAAUGAAAUCCAUCACCCUUAGGAGUGGUAAACAGUUGCCUCCUAGAGCUCUCAUUAGGGAUAAUGAGAAUCAAGAUGGGGAGGUGGUCAUCAAUGUGGAUGAUGAUGUAGUUAUUGUGGAUGAGAAAACCAAUGAAGAGAUCUUGGAGAAGAUAGUUGAAGCUAAAGGGAAAGGAAAAGUUGGAGAAGAGAAGAAGGUUGUGAACAAGAAUGAAGCUGCUACUUCAUCAAAAGGAGCUCCAUUCAUUCCUCUUCCAUAUGAAGCAAAACUUCCCUUCCCUGGUAGAUUGAAGAGACAAUUUUUGGAGCAAUACAAGACCUUGUUUGAGAAGCAAAUGAGUGAAGUUCAGAUUACUAUGCCCAUUAUUGAUGCCUUCAUGCUAGUGCCUCAGUACAGCAAGUUCCUCAAGGAUGCUGUAACCAAGAAGAAGAAAGAGAUGGAAGGGAUGGUAGUUCUCACCCAUGAAUGCAGCGCCAUUAUACAGCGGCUAACCAUCCCCAAGAAGCUUGAAGAUCCAGGAAGUUUCACACUACCUUGUGCCAUUGGGCAAUUGGCUUUUGAGAAGUGUCUAUAUGAUUUGGGAGCAAGUGUGAGCCUUAUGCCUCUCUCCAUUGCUAAAAGGCUUGGGUUUACACAAUACAAGAAGUGUAGACUCUUUCUUGUGCUAGUUGAUCGCUCAGUGAAGAUUCCCAUUGGUAUCCUAGAAGAUCUCCCUGUUAUGGUUGGAAAUUGUGAGAUUCCUACAGAUUUUGUGGUGUUGGAGAUGGAUGAAGAACCAACAGAUCCUCUGAUAUUAGGGAGACCUUUCUUGGCUACAGUAGGAGCUGUUGUGAAUGUUAAGGAAGGGAAGAUUGAUCUUCAUCUUGGCAAAGGGAACAUCCUGCAUUUUGACAUCAAGGAGGUGAUGAAGAAGCCCACUACCCAAAGCCAAGCAUUCUACAUUGAAGAGAUGGAAGCUUUAGCUAAAUAG